ACUUUCCUUCCCGCCAUCUAUAUAAAAUCUCUCUCUUCCCCUUCAUUCCUCCACUCUCCAAAAAUCAAAAACCCUUCAAACCUAAAAAAAAGAGAAAAUCAACAAAAAAAAUGGGAGCUUGUGCAACGAAGCCAAAGGAUUUGAAAGGAGAUGCACCGGAAACCGCACCGGAAAAUGUUCCGGCGACUGAAAUCGCCACCAAGGAUGCGGCGGAAGUAGCCGUCGCCGCCAAGGAUGUGGUGGUUGUGGCGGAAGUAGAAGUGAAAAAGGAAAUUGAGGCCGAUGCUGCUGCUGCAGAUGACGACGAUGCUGAAAAACGCCGAUCUCUAUCUAACUUGUUCAAAGAGAACGAAGAAUGUAAGGGGUCAGAGCAAGUAAACGAGGAGGCAUCCAAGAUCACACCAUCAGAAGCUAAGCCAGAAGAAGUUGAGAAGGUUGUUGAUGCUCCUGUAACUUCAGAGAUAGAAAAAGCACUAGAAGUGGCCUCAAUUACUGCUGAGGCUCCCAAGGUGGAGCCUUCCGAGGAGAAGAAGAUAGAUGAAGUGAAAUCAGAACCUAAGACUCCUGCUGAGAAGAAAGUAGAGGAAGCAAAACCGGCAGUAGAGACUCCUGCAGAGAAGAAAAUAGAAGAGGCACCAGUUGCUCCAACUCACGUGGAGACGAAAGCCGAAGAUGCUCCAAAGGUAACUGUAGUAGAAGAAAAGAAGUCGAGCUAGUCUUGGUAGUGAUAAUUUGAACCAUAAUGGGAAAGCUUUUGAAGAACGAAACUAUGCUUCCUUAGUAAAUUGCUUGAAGAUUGCAUGGUGAAAAACGCGUGGAAAUGAUUUUUUUUUGUUGAUUGACAAAGUUGUGAUGAUCAAAGAUUUAAUCUUUUAUUUGUUUAUUGUCAUAUACUCGUCGUUGUUUUGAGUUCUAUUACACAUUAUAUAUUUCAUCUUGUUCA